AUGGGUAAAAUAUCUUUAAUAGAGAGACAGAAAGUUAUUGUGCUUCACGAAGAAGGUUAUUUGCAGCGCCAAAUUUCUUCCAAAACAGGAUAUUCGAAGACUACUAUUAGAGAAAUCAAUAAAAAGUUUAGAGAAACUGGCUCCCUUGGAAAUAGAAAGAAAAGUGGCAGACCUCCUAAGCUCACAAAAGAUGACAAUAAAUAUUUAAAAACCCCUUCUUUAAGAAACAGGAAAAAAACAUCCACCAAAUUGGCAAAGGACAUUAAUACAGCAACUGGGGAAAAUGUUAUCUCUUCUUGUAUUCGACAACACCUACUUAAAUCAGGAUUAUGA